UCUGACAGUCUGGUAAAAGGCUGGCUGGGUUGACAAUUGGGAGUUGUGUGUGUCUGCAAACCUCCUCCCCUGAGUCUGUCCUAUCCAUUAAUUCAUCAGUGGAUCACAGGGAACCAUUCAGCUGCUGCACAAAGGCUCUGGGGGAUUACAAAUUGGCUUUUCCAGACAUUAGAAUGAAAUUGAGCUGCCCAAAAGAGGUGUGGUGGCAUCUCUACAGGACUGAAUCAGACACUUUUCAUCCCUGCAAGAGCUGUCUCACUUGGAUGUCAUGAAGAAAGGAUUGUGGAAGCUGCCUGAGAACUGUAGAAGAAACCCGGACGCGUUGCGAUAAUUGACAGCGACUGCCAAGUAUUUUGUCCCUGACGGCUCUCCGUUGGGGAGAUGGGAGAGGGCAUGUCAAAGAGGCUGAGGCUGCAGCUCGGUGGGGAGGCGGAGAUGGAGGAACGCGCUUUCGUCAACCCCUACCCGGACUAUCGGCCGCCACUACCUGCACUUGGUGCCGGAGGGGAGCAGGAAAGGCAGGAAGAAGAUGAAGCCCUGGGGGAGCUGGAUCUGCCUUUUGACAGGGAUGGGAAGAUCAGAAGUAGCUUUUCACGGCGUUUGGAGACAAAAAUCAGUGAUUUACUUCAGCAAAUGGAAGAAGGUUUGAAGACUGCAGACCCACAUGACUGCUCUGCCUAUACAGGAUAUACAGGUAUAGCCUUGCUCUACUUACAGUUGUACCGUGUUACAAAGGAACAGAGCCACUUGCAACGCUCACUUGACUACGUGAAACGAAUUCUUCGGAAUCUGAAUGGAAGGAGGAUCAGCUUCCUGUAUGGUGAUGCUGGUCCCCUUGCCGUGAGUGCCGUUGUACACCACAAGCUGCAAAAUGAGGCUGAGUCCAAGGAAUGCAUUGCAAAGCUGCUGCAGCUUCAGAGAGGAGUGGUUAGUACAGACACAGACCUUCCAGAUGAGUUACUGUACGGUAGAUCUGGUUACCUGUAUGCUCUGCUCUAUUUAAAUAACGAGAUAAGCCCAGACACAGUACCCCAGGCUUCUAUUAUAGAGGUUGUAGAUGCCAUUAUUGAAUCUGGAAAAAACUUGUCAAAAGAAGAGCAUAAAACAGAACGCUGUCCACUACUGUACCAGUGGCACAAGAAGCAAUAUGUGGGGGCAGCACAUGGACUAGCUGGAAUCUACUACAUGCUUAUGCAGCCUUUGUCAAAAGUGGAUGUAGAAGCACUAAGUGACCUGGUAAAGCCAUGCAUAGACUACGUGCGUCACAAAAAGUUCAGGUCUGGCAAUUACCCAUCGUCUUUAAGCAAUGAAACAGACCGGCUGGUGCACUGGUGCCAUGGAGCACCUGGCGUUAUUCACAUGCUUCUCCAAGCACACAAAGUUUUUAAAGAGGAUAAAUACUUGAAAGAUGCCAUGGAAUGCAGUGAUGUCAUCUGGCAAAGAGGCCUUCUAAGAAAGGGCUAUGGAAUCUGUCACGGUACAUCUGGCAAUGGAUAUGCCUUUCUAUUGCUCUACAAUCACACCCAAGACAAGAAGUAUCUGUACAGAGCUUGCAAGUUUGCUGAGUGGUGCUUAGAGUAUGGAAAACAUGGAUGCCGCAUCCCAGAUAGACCAUAUUCUCUUUUUGAAGGAAUGGCUGGUGCAAUCCACUUCCUUUCGGACAUGUUGACACCUGAGACUUCCCGCUUCCCGGGAUUUGAACUCUGAUCACUUGGAGGCAGACAACGCAGAGGGCUAAGUUUAUGUGCCAUUACGGGAGGCAAGGAAUAAAAGCAUGUCAUUAUGCCGAGUGCCUACAACACACUGUGUCAACGGAAAAAUUCUCCACGUUUGGGUGAAUUUUAUGUUGUGACUUGCAAUAAACGGCAUUGCACAUGUAGGGAUACCAUAUGUAACUUGCCGUUUGAUAUCCCAAAGAAGAUGACAUUUCCAUGCUUGCUGCACAUGAUUUUUCAUUCAUGUCUAUUUGUAAUACAGCUGUUGCUCAGUUUGCGUUUGCUUGCUUUUGUUUGAGAGGCACAAACUGUACAUGAUUAUCCGUUGCUUCUCCUUAGGAUGAAGGCAAAUUUCUGUUCAUAUGGAAUACAUCCAUACACAUACAUUCUUGUUUCACUGUUCACAUUACAAAUGCUUCAGCCAGCAAUUUUGCAGCUUACAGCACUGGAAUAGUGACAUUCAGUUUUCUUAGUAAUGGUUAUUCUCUCUUAGGGUAAGGUCACACUGUGAGAUUCAGGGAGAUUUAGUCGU